AUGGCAAUCGCAGCAUCUAAACAGCGGAAGGCCUCGCUUCCCCGGGCUCUCAGAGCUCUUUUCUUUCUCAUUUCGCUUCCGCUUCUCGUACAGUACAUCCUAUCUAGGUGGAACAGAGCUUCACCAUCAUCGAGUUCCGCGUCGUUCCAUCAGAGUUCAACAACACCUGCCGACCAGAACGCGAACCUUACUAUUUGGAAGGUCCUUAGCAAUGAUGAGCGUGUUUCUCGUUUCGCCAAAAUCAUAGGAGAGCUACCUGACAUUGUACGAGGGCUCUCUGCCCCACAAGCUCAGUUUACGGUAUAUGCUCCCGUCAACGAAGCGUUCGAGUCUUUCUACUUCCCGCCCGAUCCACCCCCGUUCUUUGGGCUGUUUAUUGCAGGGUACCAUAUGGGCCCGGGCCCAGUACCUGUAGAGCACUUGAGGUCCGUUGGAACGGUCUCCUCAUUUGUCAACGGUGACAUAUUUUUUGAUUACAAGCAACGGAUCAGCGUCCAACACACUAGCACGGGCAUCACCUUCAACCACGAAGCCAAGUACAUUCCCAGGAGAGAGUCUGAGUCAAAGGCCCUGAACGGUCACAUCCAUCACAUUGAUGGCGUGUUAGGUUUACCCAAUUCAACGGCCCAUGUUCUUCGCACGUGGCCACAACUAUCGAAGCUUCGCGAGGCGCUUUCGCUCACGAACCUAGCCAACAGUGUCUACGACACAAACUCACACGUAUCACAGACGAUGUUUGCUCCAACUGAUGCUGCGUUCGAUCGUCUCGGGCACAAGGCCGUUAAGUUCCUUUUCAGUCCAUGGGGAAAACCAUAUCUUCGGGCAUUACUUAAGUGCCACGUUGUAUCCAACCACACACUGUUCAGCGACAUGUACUGGCCCCAUGGUGGUGUUGAAUCCGUGGACUUUCGCAAACUCUCGGCUUCGGAUCGUCACGAGCAGUAUGACUUGUCGACAUUGCAUCCAAAACUCAACCUGACUGUUGGAAGUCAAAAAACAGACGGCCGAUGGCAUCUCGACGUCUCUUCCAGCGCUCUGCUACAGGCGAAGGGAAAGAGCAAGCCUGUCUAUGUGACCACGUCCGACAUUCUCACCAUGGAUGGCGUGGUGCAUCUGAUUGAUUCUCUUGUUCUUCCUCCCAGUGCAGUAGAGGGAGAAGACGUCUCUUGGCUGGAAAAGAUGUUCACAAGCCUUUGGCAGCAGGACAAAAAUAUCGAAAACCUAGUAGAUCUUUUCGGGCCAUAUGUUGAUGAGGAAGAGGCGUUUUCUUGA